AAGGGGAAAGUGUGAGGUGUUGCCUUUGAGGAUAUCUCAAGUAGGUCUCUCUUAACAAUUAAUAAACAAUAAUAUUUAAUGAUUUGAGUCUCUCAACAGGAUCUAGAGUUCGAUUAUAUCGAUCUAUGUUUCCCACUGUGUGUUUGCUCAAAAUUGGGAUUUGAUUAAUCACUUGAAGAUUUGCAUCAUCAUCCAUGUCCUUAGAGCGGUUCUUUCAUUCCUUGAUUCGGACCACUUCGCGUGGUGUAUCAAAGUAUGGGAAGCAACAGGGAGGGAACUGAUGAUUUGGAGACCAGUCUCCGAGAAGUGCAAGAUGAGCUCUUUCGUAAAAUGCAGGAUGAAUUCAAGAAGAUGCAGGUCGAUAUGAUGAAGGAGAUCCAGAAGGUGAAGUUCGAGAUGAUGGACGGAUUAAAGAGUCUUCAAAAGACCUUGAAUCGUAUGGUGGAUAUAACAAGAUGUCUCAAAGCUGAUUGUGAAAGAGCUAGAAGCCAAGACUUGAGAGUCGACACGGUCACGAAUUUGCAGGUUCUGUUAGAAUCUCAAGAAUUGGUGAAGUUACCACUCAAAAGAUCAGCAGCUUCACCACCAAAACGUCGUCAAGCUCAAACAGUUCCGAAUAGACGCCGACAUCAUACUGCUCGGACCAGAAAACGACACAGAUACGGAAGGAAGGAUUCUCUCGUCUCCACGCCUCUGUCAUCUGUUUUUGACAAUUCUCAAAUCUUUUGCCGUGACUUGAAGAGUAACGUGCCAGCAGCCAUGAGUCCUCAUAUCUCUCCGCCGGUGCACGUUUUUCCGACCAUCGGCAAACCACGUCCGAUUGUUCCCCCUCCUCCUGGGAAGGAGCUUCUGAUGAAGACGGAAGAACUAUCAGUGGCUGGGAUUUUCUCUCCCACUGUUGAAGAUGUUAAGCUGAUGGCAGAAAUGGGCUUAGAAGCAUUCAGAUUCUCUAUCUCCUGGACAAGACUAAUACCUAAUGGAAGAGGACCCAUUAACCCAAAAGGACUAUUGUUUUACAAGAAUCUCAUCAAAGAACUACGAAGCCAUGGAAUCGAACCACAUGUUACGCUUUACCACUAUGAUCUUCCUCAGCCUCUUGAAGAUGAAUACGGAGGAUGGAUCAACCGCAGAAUCAUAGAAGACUUCACUGCUUUUGUAGAUGUAUGCUUCAGAGAGUUUGGGGAGGAUGUGAAGUUAUGGACUACAAUCAACGAAGCUACGAUACUCGCCUUUGGUUCUUAUGGCGAAGGAAUUACCAUGGGACAUUGUACUCCUACUCCUAGCAAAUCCAUCAAUUGCUCUACCGCAGAUUCUUCUACAAAAACAUAUCUUGCAGGCCAUAACAUAUUGCUAGCUCAUGCCUCUGCUUCAGAAUUGUAUAAAUUAAAGUACAAGAGUAAGCAGAGAGGAUCCAUAGGCUUUAGUAUAUAUGCAGUUGGGUUAUCUCCUUAUACAAACUCCACGGAAGAUGAAAUCGCAACUCAAAGAGCUAACACUUUCUUCCAUGGCUGGAUGUUGAAGCCUUUGGUAUUUGGGGAUUAUCCGGAUGAAAUAAAGAGCGCGAUGGGAUCGAGAUUACCGGUUUUCUCAGAGGAAGAGGCAAAGAAAGUUAAAGGAUCAUAUGACUUUAUAGGAAUUAUUCACUACACGACAUUAUUUGUCACAAACCGACCACUACCUUCUAUCUAUCCCACCAACAUUAACAAAUGCUUCUUUAAAGACAUGGACGCAUAUAUGAUCACCACUGGGAAGUCUUCUUUCAUUGAGUUGGAGGCUACUCCAUGGGGUCUUGAAGGUGUUCUUGAGUAUCUAAAGCAAAACUUUAACAAUCCUCCAAUCUACAUUCUUGAAAAUGGUGUAUCGUUGAAACAAGAUUCGUCGCUACAAGACACACCAAGAGUUGAAUACAUCGAAGGUUACAUUGGUGCUGUGCUCAACGCCAUAAAGAAUGGAUCGGACACGAGAGGUUACUUUGUAUGGUCGUUAAUGGAUUUGUAUGAGUUAUUCGGUGGAUACAUGCAGACAUAUGGAUUAUACUUUGUGAAUUUUAGCGACCCUGGUCUCAAGAGGUCUCCAAGGCUCUCUGCUUCUUGGUACACUGGUUUUCUCAAUGGUUCAAUUGAUGUUACUUCUCAAGAUAUUACUCAGUUGCAGAGCAACUUCUCUGGCUCUUACUCACUGUAAUGUAUGUUUUUUACCAUAGGAUCCAAAAGGUUUGGUUUAUUUCAUCUAUGUUAUGGAAAUAAAACUACGUGAGAUGACAAAUUGGUUUGAUAAGUUCUGCAUAUGAAAUGAUGUAGGCAUGUAGCUUAUGAGACCAACAAAAGUAAGAUAGAUUCUUAAAGAUAAAAAAUCAAUAGCAUUUCUGUUU